GGCAUCGGAUUUAUGGCUCGUGAUUUGUCAAAGGCCGGGCGCUCCCCUUCUCCGCCCCUCUCCGGCUGGGUGAGAGGUCAACGGAGGGGCGGUCUGCGGGGACAACAAUGGCGGGGCUGUGGGUCGGGACAGCAGCGCUGGUCGCUGCCGGACGGCGUGGGCGGUGGCCGCCGCAGCAGCUGAUGUUGAGCGCGGCACUGCGGACCCUGAAGCAUGUUCCGCACUAUUCAAGACAGCGCUUAAUGGUGUCCCGUAAUCUUGGUUCAGUGGGAUAUGAUCCUAAUGAAAAAACUUUUGAUAAAAUUCUUAUUGCUAAUAGAGGAGAAAUUGCAUGUCGGGUUAUUAAAACUUGCAAGAAGAUGGGCAUUAAGACAGUUGCCAUCCACAGUGAUGUUGAUGCUAGUUCUGUUCAUGUGAAAAUGGCGGAUGAGGCCGUCUGUGUUGGCCCAGCUCCCACCAGUAAAAGCUACCUCAACAUGGAUGCCAUCAUGGAAGCCAUUAAGAAAACCAGGGCCCAAGCUGUACAUCCAGGUUAUGGAUUCCUUUCAGAAAACAAAGAAUUUGCCAGAUGUUUGGCAGCAGAAGAUGUCAUUUUCAUUGGACCUGACACACAUGCCAUUCAAGCCAUGGGUGACAAGAUUGAAAGCAAAUUAUUAGCUAAGAAAGCAGAGGUUAAUACAAUCCCUGGCUUUGAUGGAGUAGUCAAGGAUGCAGAAGAAGCUGUCAGAAUUGCAAGGGAAAUUGGCUACCCUGUCAUGAUCAAGGCCUCAGCAGGUGGUGGUGGGAAAGGCAUGCGCAUCGCUUGGGAUGAUGAAGAGACCAGGGAUGGUUUUAGAUUGUCUUCUCAAGAAGCUGCUUCUAGUUUUGGCGAUGAUAGACUACUAAUAGAAAAAUUUAUUGAUAAUCCUCGUCAUAUAGAAGUCCAGGUUCUAGGUGAUAAACAUGGGAAUGCUUUGUGGCUUAAUGAAAGAGAGUGCUCAAUUCAGAGAAGAAAUCAGAAGGUGGUGGAAGAAGCACCAAGCAUUUUUUUGGAUGCGGAGACUCGAAGAGCAAUGGGAGAACAAGCUGUAGCUCUUGCCAGAGCAGUAAAAUAUUCCUCUGCUGGGACCGUAGAGUUCCUUGUGGACUCUAAGAAGAAUUUUUAUUUCUUGGAAAUGAAUACAAGACUCCAGGUUGAGCAUCCUGUCACAGAAUGCAUUACUGGCCUGGACCUAGUCCAAGAAAUGAUCCGUGUUGCUAAGGGCUACCCUCUCAGACACAAACAAGCUGAUAUUCCCAUCAACGGCUGGGCAGUUGAAUGUCGGGUUUAUGCUGAGGACCCCUACAAGUCUUUUGGUUUACCAUCUAUUGGGAGAUUGUCUCAGUACCAAGAGCCAUUACAUCUACCUGGUGUCCGAGUUGACAGUGGCAUCCAACCAGGAAGUGAUAUUAGCAUUUAUUAUGAUCCUAUGAUUUCAAAACUAAUCACAUAUGGCCCUGAUAGAACUGAGGCACUGAAGAGAAUGGCAGAUGCACUGGAUAACUAUGUUAUUCGAGGUGUUACACAUAAUAUUGCAUUACUUCGAGAGGUGAUAAUCAACUCACGCUUUGUAAAAGGAGACAUCAGCACCAAAUUUCUCUCUGACGUGUAUCCUGAUGGCUUCAAAGGGCACAUGCUAACCAAGAGCGAGAAGAACCAGUUAUUGGCAAUAGCAUCGUCAUUGUUUGUGGCUUUCCAGUUAAGAGCACAACAUUUUCAAGAAAAUUCAAGAAUGCCUAUUAUUAAACCAGACAUAGCCAACUGGGAGCUCUCAAUAAAAUUGCAUGAUGAAGUUCAUACUGUAGUAGCAUCAAACAGUGGGUCAACGUUCUUGGUGGAAGUUGAUGGGUCGAAACUAAAUGUGACCAGCACGUGGAACCUGGCUUUGCCCUUAUUGUCCGUCAGCGUUGAUGGCACUCAGAGGACUGUCCAGUGUCUGUCUCGAGAAGCAGGUGGAAACAUGAGCAUUCAGUUUCUCGGUACAGUGUACAAGGUGAAUAUCUUAACCAAACUCGCCGCAGAAUUGAACAAAUUUAUGCUAGAAAAAGUGACCGAGGACACAAGCAGUGUUCUGCGUUCCCCAAUGCCCGGAGUGGUGGUGGCCGUCUCUGUCAAGCCUGGAGACACGGCAACCUUGAGUCUGUCUGUAGAGAUUUGCCUAUUCUGGACAUUUCAGGUAGCAGAAGGUCAAGAAAUUUGUGUGAUUGAAGCCAUGAAAAUGCAGAAUAGUAUGACAGCUGGGAAAACUGGCACGGUGAAAUCUGUGCACUGUCAAGCUGGAGACACAGUUGGAGAAGGGGAUCUGCUCGUGGAGCUGGAAUGAAGGAUUUAUAACCUUUCAGUCAUCACCCAAUUUAAUUAGCCAUUUGUGUGAUGCUUUCACACACAAUUGAUUCAAGCAUUUUACAGGAACACCCCUGUGCAGCUACGUUUACGUCGUCAUUUAUUCCAGAGUCAAGACCAAUAUCUGCCAAAAAAAUCACCAAUGGAAAUUUUCAGAUAUAAAUACUUGUACAUAUGAUUUGUACUUCUGUGAGAUUUCCUAGUAUCAAAAUUAAAUCAAUCAAACUGAGCAUUUGUCUAAA